ACAAGAUGAACAUCAAACCAGAACAGCCCAGAGGAGGGAGCUAAGCCAACUGGAUCUCAUGAGAAUCAUUUUGUAGGAAUGCUCAAACAAAAUAAUUCAAGCAAUCCAAGCAAUCAGAAUAAAGAGUGUUAUGCUAGAGAUACAACCAAGUGCAGAAACUUAUCAAACCACUGGAAAUGUUCCACAAUGACAGAAAUCAGUGACAAAGUUAAAUUUUUUUGAAAUAUUGAAUGGAUAGUAACAGUGUUCAUUAUGAGGGUGAUAUAAACAAAAUUGUUCUAAUGAAAUUAAAAAAAGAAGAACUGCUGAUAAAACCUCAAGCCAUAGAAGAAAAAUUUCUGGAUCUUCAUUUCAAAAUUGCAUUAAAGAUUGACCACAUGGAUCCAACUGUCCUGAAAGAAAUAUCUGAAGAUUUUGAGAAAAAGAAAUGUUUCUGCUGUUCAACAGAUAUUCUGAAGAAGAGAAAGAUUUUAUUUUGCUGUGACAAGUUGGAGGGGCUCAGAUUGGGUGGAAAUUAUUGAACCCCGUUCUAGAGAACGAAUGUAUGUUAAUUUGACAACUGGAGAAUGUGGUUGGGAUCCACCACCCAAUCUCAGAGUUCGGCAAUCUGAUGAAAACCAGUGGUGGGAACUCUUUGAUCAAAACAACAAUCGCUUCUAUUAUUACAAUGCCAUCACUCAGCAGACUGUGUGGCACAGGCCCCAGGGCUGUGACAUUGUGCCACUAGCUCGGCUCCAAGCCAUGAAACGUAAUUCCCAGUCUGAGUUCGGGACAUCACAGCACAGGAACAGUACAAGUAGUGAGGGACAAAAUACUCCUAUCCAGAUAACUCUUCUACAGGAUAUGGAGAAGAGUAAAGACAACAUCGGUCUCGAGAAGAGGCCAGAAACUGAAAGAGAUACCCUUACAGGUUGGCAGCCUUUGCCAGGGACUAAAGCAGCCAUGCUGGUCAAAGUUAAUAGCCUAAGACAAGUAAAUUCUUCCUCAAGCAAUUCUUUUCAGAUGCAAAACAAUUCAGAAAUCAACAGCCAGGAAUCAAUGAAUCCCAAAACAGUUGUAUAUGCUCAGUCUCAGUCUAUGGUCCCAAACUCAUUAACUCCGAAAUCUACAGCUCCAGUAGAGAUGAAGCGUUCCAUGAAAAUUAAAAAGACAGAGAACGGAGGAUUUUGUCUGGUAUUAACUAAUGGGCAUACUCCUCAGCCUCCCUCAGGAAAUCAGUUACAAAAAUUGCCUGCAUGUCCCAAAUAUGCUUCUCCGCCUCCAGUAUAUGAUGAACCAUCAAUUGACUCCCCAAUUUAUGAUGAACCUCCUAUAGAUAUGGACAUUAGAGUCACAAAUAUGAAUGGGACAACUCCACAAUUGUCUCCAAGCAAUAGCUUGAAUAAGAAGAUGCAGCCAAUUAAAUUAUUACAGCCUCCAAGUAUACAGCAACACCAGGGUGGAAAAAAGCAUUUGAGAAACCCUUCUGCAACAGAAUAUAGCCCUGUGGGAAAAGAAUACAUUAAACACAUGGUCAACAUUGACCAGUCAUCCAAAAAAACUCAUUCUACCACCAUGAUAAUUGAUGGCAUCGAUAAAUCCCAAUUGGGUCAGCUUAGCUCUAGGGAGAGCUUCAAGCAGUCUUGGAAAGUCGUAGAAGCUAAUGUUCUUAAAAAUAUGGAAGUCCAUAAUAGCCGGCAGAGCAGUCUUCAGGCUCAAGAAUAUCCCACAGUGAUAAGUCAGCAAGACUCUGGCUAUUCAACAGGUCCUUCUCCAAGUUUAAGAAAGAGAAAAGGAAGACGACAUGCUCCAGGCCUGGGAAGACCUGGUUCUGUAGGCAGCAAUAGCGAACUUACUGUGCUGAAUGACAAGCUUAUUGCAGAAAUGCGUGAAGUGGUGAAUAGAUCUGCUGCCUACAGGGGGAGCAAAGGUAGUUUAGAUGCAGAAAUGCUAGACAACACAAGUAUGCCAGAGGGUAAUAAAAUUAAGUUUCAAUCAGACUAUUUUAAAAAGUGUAACAGCAGGAACUCAAGAGAUGAUCUUACAUCUAGUAACAGGUCAUUAUAUAGGCCUACAAUGGAGGGUAAAGGCAGCCUCUCAAAUGAUCCAGCAAUACAGCAAGAUGUGGUGAGACAGAAGAGAACUUAUGAAAAAAUAGAUUCUUUAGAAAAGAAUGUGUCCAGCCUGAUAAACCCAUCAUCAUCAGACACAGCACAAUUAUCAACACAGUGCGGAACAAUAGGGUCUCAUUCUCAUGAAGAGAACAACGUUCAAUCUGGAACCAACGUUGGAUAUCAGUUUCCCUUCCACACCAUACGAAAGCCCAUCUCCCAAAGCAGCAUGACUGACUGGGCUUCCAAAAAUCUUAAUAUGCAUACUCAGGGUAUCUUUCGGCGGAGGCUCUCCAUUGCCAACAUGUUGUCUUGGAAUGGUGGCUCCAUCAAAAAGCCAAUGCUUAUCACCAGUAAUGACACCAUCAAAAAGGAAGCUUGUGAAAUAUUUAAACUGAUACAAAUCUAUAUGGGUGACCGGCAAGCCAGAAUGGACCGCAAUAAUGUGGCUUUGAUAACCAUCACCAAAUGCUGGAGUAUUCAAGGUUUACGGGAUGAACUAUACAUUCAGCUAAUCAGACAAACAACAGACAAUAUGUGCUACCAAAGUCUGGCACGGGGCUGGGAACUUAUGGCAAUUAGUCUCGCCUUUUUCUCCCCAUCACCCAAAUUUCAAUCUUACUUGGAAGGUUACAUCUAUCGUCACCUCAGCCAAAUUGCAGAUGAAAAUAUCACUCAACGCAUUAAGGAACUUCUGGAUCUGAAAAACAAAAAGAGCUCAAAAUCCAGGAAAAAGAGAAAACAAAGCACAGAGGAUGAAGGUCUACCAAUCAGUACUUAUGCCAGGUAUUGUUACCGAAAGCUGCAAAAAGUAGCAAUCACUGGAGGCAAAAAAGGUCUUCGGAAGCCUACAGUUGAGGAGAUAAUUCAUGCCAAGAAUGCUAUUGUGACACCUUCAUUGUUUGGCAGCUCACUUGAAGAAAUCAUGUCAAGGCAGCAGGACAUGUAUCCAGAUAACAAGCUGCCCUGGGUACAAACACAGCUGUCUCAGCAAGUACUGCGACUCGGGGGAGAACAGACUGAGGGAAUAUUUAGAAUUCCUGGUGAUAUUGAUGAAGUCAAUGCUCUAAAGUUACAGGUGGAUCAGUGGAAGAUUCCUAACAACCUUAGUGACCCCAAUAUACCAGCUUCUUUGCUAAAGCUGUGGUACCGGGAACUGGAAGAGCCUGUCAUCCCACAACAAUUCUACAAGGAAUGUGUCAGCAACUAUGAGAAUCCUGAUGCUGCAGUGGCUGUAGUUGAACUUCUGCCAGAGCUCAAUAAAUUGGUCUUAUGUUACCUCAUCCACUUUUUACAGAUUUUUGCCCAGCCAAUCAAUGUAGGGAAAACCAAGAUGGAUGUAAACAACUUGGCUAUGGUGAUGGCUCCAAAUUGUCUACGAUGCCAGUCUGAUGACCCCAGAAUCAUCUUUGAAAAUACCCGCAAAGAGAUGUCUUUCCUGCGCAUGCUGAUUGUGCACUUGGACACCAGUUUUAUCAAAGGAGUUAUGUGAAGGAUUAGUUUCUGGCAAGACAGUGCAAAAAGAGCAAUUAGUUGGCUCCAGCAUUUCUUUUUUGGAGCCUCACAUUGUUUCCUCUAGAGUUUCCAUGAUUCUACAGUGCUUUGUGAUGCUUUUAUUUACUUAUGCUGAUAGUAAGUUUGAUGAAUCUUCAACAAUCCCCAAAUGAUUCAAAUCAGAGACCAUACUAGAAAGAGUUUUGAGAAACCAGAGAGCAAUAAUGUUAGAUCAUGCUCUGGGCCAAUCCUAAGACCUGCAUUAGUUGUUUCCAGCAGCUCUGUCUGUGUAUGCAAAGCCCAAAUGUUAUAUUGCUUGCACUUCACUGAGGAAUCUUAAUGAAAUUAAAAGUGGAAUUGUCUGUUGGAAGCAAAUUGUUUGCAGAUACUGGGUUUACUUCUGUCACCUGAAGAUUCAAUACUUCACUAGACAUGUCUCAUGUCUCAGGUAAGAUUGUUACUUCAGGCUGCUAAAGUACAUAUUCUGCUUGGUUCUGCCAUUCAGAUCGCUGACUGCUUUCUUCUCAACAGCUUCUCUAGUAUGUUUUCUGCUUUUCAAGGACAAUUCUCUUGCAAAAAAGAAGUUUUGAAGCAGUACAUAAGUUGUAGCUUGUGAAAAAGGAUGACUCUUGCUAUGCCUGAGGAUAUCUACUACUAAAAUUCCAAGCAUCAAUACUGUGCAGAAAUGAAAUCUUGAAUUGAAUUUUGGUACAUAACAAAACAGCAAGAAAGUGAAACUGUAUAUUUCCCUUGUUUUGCCUAUAGUGAUUUGGGAAGAGACUGUUUAAAUCGUUAAGUCACUUUUAGCUUAAGUUUACUCCUAUAUUGUUUGGAUUAGAUGAUUCAAACUCAAGAAAUCCUUGAAUUUCUUUAAUUCAGAAUCACCGCAAUCAAAGUAACUUGUGGUUGGGAUUUCUCCAGAAUAGAGAUUUAUCCAGUAGGAUAAGGUGCAGUGAUUAUGGCCUCUUCAGCAUAAACUAAAAUCAGGUACUGAGAUGCUAUAAAGCCUUUUAGAGGAAACAUGAAUAACUACUUAAAGGUUCCUGUCAAUGUCAAGAUUUUGUGUUCUAUUUCCCAUUCAGCCUAAUCUAAACAGACAACUAGAAGCAUCAAUUAUCUUUUAAAACAUUGGAUUAAAGGAAGCUGUAAGGUGGAGAGAUUUAAGUGAAUAAAAAGUGCAGGAUUGGAGAAAAUUAGCUGUUCUUCCCUUUAUCACUUUCUAAAUAUCCCCAGUGUGCUGUUAGAUGCAGAAUGAAAAAGGGAAAGCCAAAUUAUAUCUGUUUUGUUUUCUCUCUGACCAGUAGCAAUUUCAAAAAUAUAAUUUGAGUUGAGACUACAGUACAUAAGAGGAAAAUAUAUGUUACCCAGUUCUCCAGUCAAAAUCUAAUCCCUACUACCUCCCACAACUGCAUAUUAAAUAAAAAAAAUUGAGAGCUCCAAAUACAAAUUUCUCACAUCAUGCAUUAUAACAAUUAAAUGGUAUAACGCUGUCUUACUCUGGAUUUCAUUCUAUUCUUGCCUAAACAUCUCAGAAAGACUGCUGUUCUCUUUGUUCUUUCAGUCCCUGGAACACAUGAUGAAUAGGAGGAGGACUGGUGCUUCAGUUCUGCUUCUUUGUUUUGUUCUUAUACUGCAAACACAUCCCAGAAUCCAAAGCCUUCAGUGUUCCUUUAUGUCAUUUUGGAAGUGAGCGUAAUUCUUUCAUCAAUCUUCUGGACAGAAUAACAGACUUGAAUUUUUUGGAAAGAAAGUGGGAAUGGUCAAGGAAAUAAUGUUAUGGAAAAACAAAAAUCAACUUUGUUAAUUUUUACAAGUUGGUGCUAAGAGCAAUUCCUGUGCCAGUAAGAAUGGGAUUUGUCCUAGACGUAUUAGUAUUUCCAAGUCACUGUUAGUAUGAUCUAACUGGGUAAAGAAAUAUAUAUUUUCCUUCUAUUGCCAUAAAUUAUGAUACUUGUUACAAGGUUCUCACAUGUUAUUAAUGGAAUUAACAUUUACUACUAUUUCCUGUUUGAGUAAGUUCUGCUGUAAAAUUAGUUCCUUUAAGAUGAUCUAUGUUGUAAUGCCUAAGUAUUUGUUCACUCUUCAUCUCAUAGUGUUUUUUGAAAUUUGGCUUCUUUUCAGGGGACAAUUCAAAGUAUCUGGAAAUAUUAAUUUUUAUAUUCCAAAUAAAGCCAUCUUCUGAGAGUCUGUUAUGAGUAUAUAUACAUCUAUGCAGCAGUGUGUGGAUUAUCCUAGGGUAAAGGGUAUACUAUUUGCGGACUCUUACAGAAAAAGUAAUGCAGCAUUUCUCACUCCAGUUUCCUCCAAAUAGGUAGAUUUUAUUUCGCAGAAUUAUCUAAAUAGUACAACUGUGACUGAAACUUCUGAGAGUUGAAUUGUCACAUUUCUGUUUGGGAGGGGAGAAACUGGAGUAUGGCAAAAUGUCACAUAUCUAUUUCAACUAUAUUAUCAGGCAGACAUAAGUGAUGCCCAUGUAUCUGUACAUAAUUGAUACUUUGAACCUAAACCCAAAAUCCAGGCAUUGAUUAUGAUACAUCUUCUUAUCUCACUGAAAGUUUCAUUUGAUGUAGUCGAUUAGCCUGAGAUUUCUGAGGAGUUAAGUGCUAUUCAAAUAGGCUUCUCUACCAAAAUUUGGCCAGUACUCUUGAUAAAAUCUGAAAUGGGGUCUUAAUUCUAAGUAAUAAGGAUUAGACUCCUAUUCAUUUGUAUUUGGAGAAAGCCCCAUUAAACUCAGUGGAAUUGAUUUCUGAGUAAACAUGCAUGUGACUGUUAAAUAUUGGGUUGUAUCUAAUAAUCCUUUCACUACUGUACACUACUGACAGAUCAAAUUCAGAAUUAUUUUUGCAUCUUCUGGGUGUCCUCCAGAUCUGUUCCAUAGGACAAGGAGAAGAAUAGAAGUGAUUGCUGUUUGAGGAGAAAUACAUUCACACAUAACAGAUGUAAUCCAUCAUAAUUUUCAUAUUUCUCAGACUUGCCAAAACAAGAAUUUCUUGAAUCUAUUUCUAUGACUAUGUAGGAGACUCUGAAUUUCCUUAGACUGGUUCUGUUUGUGCUGUACGUUUUCUAUAAUGCAUCUUUGUACAUUGGGAAAUAUUAACCAAUAUGCAAGGUAUCGUAUACCUACCUUACUUUUUUAAAUUUUGUAUUUAUUGUGUUAAGAUGUUCUGUGAUGCACGUGAUUCCAGGUUUAAACACUGUUGACAACUAAAAUAUUAUGAGUAAUUGUUACAAUCCUUUCUCCUCAGCACUACACUAUAAUCCAAACAUAAACUGACUAUUCUAUAAUAAUGUUUUGCUCCACCCCUUCUGGGCAGCAAAAUAGGUUAAAAAUUACACUGGAUUUUCCCAACAUACUUAUAAAUGUGAAUCUGCAAAAUGUAUGUCUGUUGUUGUUAAAGAAUAAACAUUUGAGUCAUUACACCUGG